UUCCUACCAACCUUUUCUCUUGUCUAGAGUUGAAACAUUUGUGCCUUCACAACUGUGUUUUAUCUCCUUUGCCUUAUUUUCAUGAUUUUCCAAAGUUAUUGAGCUUAGAUAUGCGUGAUUUAAGAUUUCAUGCCCAUAGUUGUGGGGAAUUAAUCGCUCAAUGCCCCUUACUUGAGAGGCUGGUUAUAUUUAGUAGUGAACUUAGAGGGGAUGUGAAACUAGUUGACAUUGCAAAACUUAAAAAUGUCAAGGUUUUAAGCUUAACAUUGUGUUUGCUUCACAAUAUGAGCAUGGUCAAACUUUCCACUGUCUUCCAGUAUCUCUCUUUUCUUCCAAAACUCCAGGAGCUUUAUUUAAGUUUCCAAAAGUGCAAGUUCUUGCCAGAAGAUGUGGCUCAAAAUCCAGUCUCCGCUGCCUUUCCCUUCCUCAAGACUCUUACAUUAUGCGGAAUGGAUUUUAGUAGUGUUUCCAUGUUAGCUUGUGCUUUUGGGAUUCUUUUUCGCUGUCCAAAUUUGCAGAUCCUUUAUAUCAUAGCUAUAUACGAGAAUUUUGCCCUCCCACCUGCCAUAUUUCCUCCAGAGGUAGAUUGCAGCACAAUGGGGCAGCUACAGCUUCGGAAUGUAUUUUUAGUAUCAAUAAAAGGUUUGGAUGAUGAAGUAUGUUUGAUCAAGUAUAUGCUGGCUUGUUCCCCCAUGCUAAAGAGCAUUGUUAUCAAGUCGUCCAUAGAGAGCAAUGAUGGCAAUGAGAAGUAUAAGCUUGCUACCAAGUUGUUGAAGCUCCAUCGAGCCUCCCCAAUGGCAGAGAUUAUCUUCUAGCUAACUAGUUGUGUAUUUAUGAACUAAUAUUACAUUUUCUGUUGUUUUGUUUAGUUAUCUGAUUUCUGCACAUGGCAUGCCUUUUGUUUA